AAAAGGAAUAGCAUACAACACACUGAAGUCAUAAGACUACAUAUCCCAGAAUCCAUUCGUAUUGCGGAAGUGUUUGGAUUCGUGUGGUUGUAGAAGGGACAAUUGAGUGUCCCUGAUAUGGACAGGACUUCGGGGCACGUCUGAUAGCUGGAGGGGCAUUGAUCCGUGGAAAGACUGCAAUAUCGCUGUAACGCUUCUAAGUAUGGAACAGCAGGAAGACUUUUUUGACUGUGAGGAAAAUGUACAGGAACAAAGUAAAAGAUCACAUGAUGAUGCAACAUCACAACCCGGAGCAGGUGAAGGAACUGGCAAAGGUUCACAGAAUGGGGUACCACCAAGUUGUGGGGACUCGGCCAGUUCAGGUUUAAGUGAGAUAAACACAAAAUUUGAGGAGUUAAGUGUGAAAGGAGGACCUGAGGGGGAAUCAAGUGAAUUUAGUCUUGCACCUGAAGAGAGUGACCAUAGCCUUGAUGGACAGGAAGGCCUAACUGAGGAGGAAAAAGAGGACUGGGCAGAUACAGAGCCUGAACUGAAAGAAGAACUUGCCCCAGAGUUUGAUGAUGAGCACUUGAAAGAGAUAGAAAAAGACCUAACAGAGGAAGAGAAAGAGCACAGACGAAAAGAAAGUGUGUCUUUGAAGGAAGAAGGCAACAGCCAGUUUAAGAAAGGAGAGCAUGUUGAGGCUGAAGAGUCUUAUACGUCUGCUUUGCAUAUUUGCCCUGUAAGCUGCAGUAAAGAAAGGUCUAUUCUCUUCUCAAAUCGAGCUGCUGCUCGCUCACAUCAGGAUAAGAAGGAAGAAGCCAUCAAGGACUGCACAAAAGCUAUAGAACUGAACCCAGACUAUGUGCGUGCAAUUCUGCGGAGAGCUGAACUCUAUGAGAAGACGGAUAAGCUGGAUGAGGCCCUGGAGGAUUACAAGAGUGUUUUAGAAAAAGAUCCAAGUCUCCCAGUGGCCAGGGAAGCAUGCAUGAGGUUACCGCAGCAGAUUCAGGAGCGCAAUGAGAAGCUUAAGGAGGAGAUGAUGAGUAAACUGAAGGACUUGGGCAAUAUGAUCCUGCGUCCAUUCGGCCUCUCUACGUCAAACUUCCAGGUCAACCAGGAUACCGGCUCUGGAUCCUACUCUGUUAACUUUGUGCAAAAUCCUGGUAAUAACAGAAGAUAACACUAUGGCCAUACCAAAGCCAAAAGCCACAACAUCAUGGCCUGUUGUGCUUCUCUGAGUGUCCUGCUACUAAUACAAAGAGGAAUGGCAAGUGUAUUUGCAGUGGCGUAGUCAUAUUCGCCCUCUCAUGGAUCACCAAGUAUCAAAAGCCACAUUUAUUGAUUAAUUUAAUGUAGAUAUGGUUGUUUUAUUAUCGUCCAUGUCAUGUUGUGUCUAAAAGUGCAAUUGCUGUUGUACUGGCUUUCUCUGGACAGUUGAAAAAACUGAGUGAUAUUGCGUGGGGUGAUGGCUAAUCCAGAAACAACACCAGGAACCGUGUGGUAAAUUUACUGCGCACUUGAUCGCAGUGGGAAGCCAAUCAUUGUAGUCCAUUGUAAAACAAUUUUGAGUUUCGCAUUCAUUGUAUGACCUUUUUUUGUACUCUGCAAAUUCUUCAACACAGUGUAAUUUGUAAAUCCAAAAAAUGUCAUGACGUACGCACAAGCAUACACAGAUAAAUGCAGACAGUAUCUCAGAAGCAGUGGAGACCAUCCAAUGAAACAACCUACAGUAGUGAGAAGCGUGUCUACAUUAUAAGACUGCAUGCUUGUAAUAAAAGAGCUUUCUUGUUUUGAA